GUUCCAAAUUAUUACACACAUUUCAUUUUUUAUUGUUUUUCCAAAUCAGUCAGUAUGAUUAUGGAUGAAUUUUAUAACCAACUAUAUUUUACAAUGAUAAUGUAAUUAAAUGUUAAAGAAGUGAUAAUGACAACAGUUUUGAAAUAUUAAAAAAAAUAACACAAAAUAUGUUGUUCCACAUAAUUAUGCAGAAUGCGGUUUGAAAGCAUUCAGUUUGUUAUAACGAUCUCUUUUCCAUUUUCAUGAUAUCGUUUUCAGGCCUUUUGCUUUUCAUCAUCAGAAAUAUCAUUUUUUCCUCCUUGUAUUGCAUAAGAACUGUGACUUGCUUAAUAAUGAGGAACAACCUCUUUUAGUUAGUUUCCAUUUAACUAAAAUCACCUGGCAAACUAAUUAACUAACCUGUCUAAGAUUGAUACCAGUUGUCUUAAAACAUGAGAAAUAAAACAAACAAACACUUUGAACCUGAAUAUUUAUUUUAAUGAAAUCCUACUGAUAUGUUACAUGCAUAAUAAUUUGAGGCACGGUUUAUAAACAUUAUAUAAAUACAUACACACAUACACAAUGUACAUUAGAUGGAAUUGUGGAAUUGCGUGUGCACUUCUUCUUUUGGACAUUUUUAGGAACAACAUUUAGUUCUCACUUCUCAUUGAUAUAUCAUUUACCUAACACACACACACACACACACACACACACACACACACACACACACACACACACACACACACACACACACACACACACAAAACGCUGUCUGUGUUGAUCACCUGCUUAAGGAGAAACAAAAAUGCUGCACUUGGCGAUGAUUCUUCUCACCGUAUCAGAUUUUUAUUUUUCAGGUGUUUUCACUAAGAACAGAGACUGGGAUGUGAAAUAUCCUGAUAAACCGAUCUGUGCUGUGAGAGGAUUCAGUGUCUCCAUUCACUGUAGUUAUUCUUAUCCACAACAAUUGUAUCGUGUGGUACAAAAGCUUUGGUGCUCGAUGAACUCAAACACAGACCAAUGUGUAAAUCCACCGUAUGUUUACGACAGUUCAUUAAACACCAAUCACUCAGACUUUGAGUUCACUGGAGAUGACAAAUCAGACUGUACUUUAUUAAUCCACAAUGUACAGUUCAGUUAUUCUGGAGUUUACAGAUUCAGAUUUAUUACUGAUGUGGCCUAUGGUAAAUUGACAGGUUAUCCUGGGGUGAGUCUACAAGUUUCAGAUUUAAAGGUGUCACUAAUCAGACUCAGUGGAAACGGAACCCUUAAACAAGGAGACUCCUUAAAUCUGACGUGUGAUGUGAACUGCACAAACACUUCCUCACAGUUUGUGUGGUCUAAGAACAACCAGAGUUUAUAUACAUCAGGACCCAUUCUUCACUUUCCUGCUCUAACCCUGAGGGAUUCUGGGAAUUACACCUGCACUUGGGGAACUGGUGAGACGUCAGGAUCUGAAACCAUCAGCCUUCACGUGGAGGGUGGUGCAGCGCAGUGGAAGAUCUGGAUCAUUGUCUUAGUGACAGCUGGUGUGAUUUUGAUCUCUUUAGUGACUGGAGCUGUGAUUUACAACAGAAGAUCCGUCAACGUCAAACAGCAGAAGGAGGACGAUUCUAAUAUCUACGCUAAUGUACCACGGAAGAAGAGCGCUGGUGUUAGUUUAGCUAAUGUCCAGCAGCAGAAGAAAGAUUUUGCGAUAUAUGCUAAUGUACCAUAACAAUGAACUAAUCACAGUUUCAUACCUCGUUACCUUCAUUCAUUUCUACUGUUGGUGAAUUUCAGUGUACAGCUUAUAAACUCGCUCUGUACUGCAUCUGAACAAAUAGCUUUAAUGUCAUUAAACAAUAAAAACUAGACACAAGCAGCAAUCUGUGGGGUCCAAGCACUCAGAGAUGCCUGCUUGACUGAUGGUGACCAUUAAAGAUAUACUUAAAGAAAAACAAAAAUAAUAAUCAAAUGAGAAAUUAAGUCAUCACUAUAACUGUCCAUUUCCUGUUGUCUCACACUUACUCUUACAAUCAUCAACUCUGUGAGAGCUUUAUUCUUUAUUAGAAUCUUUAUGCUCGAUUUUA